ACUAACAUUCCCAAAUCUGCAUAGAAAUCGUAACCCACCAAACCAUCUUUGCAUUCUUGACCUCUCGGUUUUCCUUAAACCCUAAGCCAUGCAAUCAGCUUCCUUCUCGCCCUCCUCGUUUCCUUGCAACCGGGCGUUCUCUCGUUCCACAGAUCGAACCAAGAAGGCAACUGCCAAGAGAGUUCUCGCGUCGAGAAGAGGAGGGGAGAAUCGACAGGACCAGUACUCCGGCGGCCGUCUCGUGGACCGAGACAUGAUCGUGCUCCGGAAACGGAUCCACGAGAUGAGGGAGGCCGAGCGGAGCCAAGAGCCGCCCCCUGAGUGGAUGGCCUGGGAGAAGCGAUGCUACGCGAGCUACGACUCAAUCAUAUGUGAAGCCAUGGGGUUUCUGCAGUCUUGGAUGAUGAACGCUAGACCCGGCGUCGCUCUCGGAGUGGCAACUCUGGUGGCGUUGAGCGUACCGACGGCUUCGACAUUCGUUUUGUUCCGCCUGGCUGAGAUGGCCGGAGAGAUCUUGGCAACAUUUCAUAUCUGCGCCUAGUAACUCUAGUCAGUAUUUUGUUCCGUUUUUUUUAUUUUUCUUUCUUUGUUCGUAAGUAUCUUCGCCGUGCAUGAAUAACAACUUAUGGGCAAUGUUGUAAUUAAGAUGUUUCC